AUGGCCUCCGCAAAGGGGGUAUUGCGGAACGUGCAGGCGCAGGAGGAAGCGUCUCCGCAUUCCCCGCGGGAAGGGGGGGUCUUGCGCAACGAUGAGCUGGCACGUCAGCUGGAGCAACUUAAAGACAUCGACGCAUUGCAGGCCCUAGCACACAGCAUGGCAGCAGGAGGAAAGGAAGGCUCAUCUGUGCUGACCACGGCUCAACUGGGGGAGGUGAUAUCUGCGCUGCAGGCGCAGGUGCAGGCUGAGGUGGCAACGCAUCAUGACGACCUGCUGCAGCAGCUAUCCUCGUUAAAAGACACAGAGGGCGUGCUGUCUGUGGUGCGCGCUGGAGUCGACUCGUUACUAGCCUCCGUCCAGCGCGUGCGGGCAGAGAUAGCAGACCCGUAUCGGGCCAUUCAGGUGAAGACACGUCAGCUGGCAGCUCUGUACGACACCAUGGAACUGCUGCGAGCUGUGAUCAAGUACCUCAAACUGGUGCGCAAGCUGUGGGAGCACCUGAAUGUUGGGGUGGAGAAGGCGGAGCUGGGGAAGGCGGGGCAGGUGCACAAGCUGAGGGAGCACCUGGGUGCGGGGGUAGAGAAGGCGGAGCUGGGGAAGGCAGGGCAGGUGUGGCGGGAGGUGCGCAAGCUGCAGGAGCACCUGAAUGGGGGGGUAGAGAAGGCGGAGCUGGGGAAGGCGGGGCAGGUGUGGCAGGACGUGGGGACUCAGAUGUCCCCAUUCCCCCUCAAUCCUCUCCUCUCCCCACCUCAGGUGCGCAAGCUGCGGGAGCAUUUAGCUGCAGGCGUUGAGAAGGCGGAGCUGAGCAAGGCGGGGCAGGUGUGGCAGGAGGUGGGGGCGGUGCACAGGGAGGCGCAGCUGGGGGGGGUGCAUGUGGUGGAGGCACAGCACGAGUGGGUGGCGGAGGCAGGGCAGGCUAUACGGAGAGAGGCGAUGAAGGCGUUGGAAGGAGGCAUGGAGGCGAUGAACCAGGCUGAAGUGGGGAGCGUGCUGCAGGCUAUCAGGAGAGAGGCGAUGCGGGCGCUGGAGGGGGCCAUGGAGGCGAUGAACCAGGCUGAAGUGGGCAGCGUGCUGCAGGUGAGGGGUGCUGCAGGUAAGAAUUUGGUUGGGAUGGGUGGGGAACGGUGGGGCAGUGAGGGGCACAUAGAGGCGAUGAGAGGUGAUGGGCCCAUCACCUCUAUGCUGCAGGUGUUUUUCAACAUGGGGGAGCUGAGGCAGACGGUGGAUCAGCUGGUAGCGAAGCACAAGGGGCAGGCCAUGCGAGCCGUCGCCACAGGGCUCGACAUGAAGGCUAUCAGUGCGAGCAUGGGAGCAUCAGGAGGUGGAGGAGGCUUGGGUGGCUCCGUGGGCGGACCAGGGGGGGCCAUGCGCAGCGGCACUCCUCCAAUGGGUGGCGCCCCCAGAGCCCGGGAGGCGCUGUGGCAGCGGCUGACUGGAUGCCUGGAUGAGCUGGCGCGUGUUAUGGUGCUGACGUGGCACCUGCAGCGAGUGAUGGCGAAGAAGCGAGAUCCGAUCUCCCACGUCGUGUUCCUGGACCACGUGUUGCAGGUCGGGGGAGGGGGGGUGGUGGUUAGAGGAAAGGGGGGAGGGGUGGGCUUGCAGGGGACGCCCUGCCGACAGAGCGGGUGUGGGAGGCCUUACUCCGGGCCUUCUCCUCGCAGCUACGAGCCACGUUCACCCGCCUCCUCCUUCGUCAAAGAGACCUUCGUCUCCGCCUACCCCCGCCUCCUCGCCUCCCUAGAAUCCUUCCUGGACCGCCCGCAGGCGGAAGCUCCGCAUGCUCACCCUCUUCCCCACCGCCCACCCCCAUGUGCCUCCAGUCAGGAGACGCACUACCAACAGAGCGAGUGUGGGAAGCCUUACUCCGAGCCUUCUCCUCGCAGCUACGAGCCACGUUCACCGCCUCCUCCUUUGUCAAGGAGACCUUCGUCUCUGCCUACCCCCGCCUCCUCGCCCUCCCUAGAAUCCUUCCUGGACCGCCUGCAUGCCGAUACAGACGUGCGUGUGCUGGGGGGAGGGGGAGGCGGAGCUGGUGGAGGAGGAGCGGGAGGAGCGGGGAGGAGGAGGGUUUGGGUUGGGAGCGGUUUGGAGGCGGUGCUGUGGCAGGGGCUGCUGAGGCUCGUGCUGGCGAGAAUGCGGGCAAGGCGCUUCAACUGCUGGCGGAACGCUGUGAAUACCAGGUUGCAACAGGCCCUGGAUCCCGCCAAGUGCUCGCCCCCUGCUCGCCAGCGCAGCAGCGCAACAUCUCCCUGUGGCUACAGGCCCAGAGUCACGCCAGGUCCUGGCCCCCUGCUCGCCAGCGCAGCAGCGCAACAUCGCCCUGUGCGUGCUGCUGGGGGCAGUGCACGCGCGCUGCAUACACCUCCUCACUACAUCCUUCACCCCUGUCCCACCCCCUUCCUUUCCCCCCAUCCUCUCCAGGUCGCUACAGGCCCAGAGUCCCGCCAAGUGCUCGCCCCCUGCUCGCCAGCGCAGCAGCGCAACAUCUCCCUGUGCGUGCUGCUGGGAGCAGUGCACACACGCUGCAUGCAGCUGCUGGCCCGCCUGCCAGAGGAGGCAGACUCCGUGAUGGAGGCGGGUGUGGGGUCCGUGCAUGGCGUGGCUAUGGAUGCUGUCGCUCCCCUCUUCAAGGUGUGUGGGUUCAUCUCCUGCUUGGACGUCUCAAAACUACUCGCCCGCCUUCCAGAGGAGGCAGACUGCGUGAUGGAGGCGGGUGUGGAGUCUGUGCACGGGGUGGCCAUGGAUGCUGUUGCUCCGCUCUUCAAGCACAUGAUCUUCCAUGGGCCAUCAGACUGCGUGAUGGAGGCGGGUGUGGGGUCCGUCCGUGCUGUGCUGGGCGUGGCUAUGCAUGCUGUGGCUCCGCUCUUCAAGGCCAUGCGGGAUCGCAUCGAGGCAUGCCUUCUUCAAAUCCACCAGCAGGACUUCUCUUCAGACGACCCCAACGCCCCUCCCGCCUCCACCACCCCGCCACCCCCUGGCUUCUUCUCCCUGACUCCUCCUCUACCUCCUCCUCCUCCUCCGCGCGCGGCCUCGUCCAUAUUCGCUGCAUCUCUGUCCGGUGCUGCGGGAUCAGGCCCUCUCUCUCCCUCCACCGCCCUGCCCCCUGCGACUGUCUCUGAGCCUGUUGCUCAGUCCCUUGCCAAACGCCUCGCAUCUCGCACGCUGCUCUUCUUUGUGCGCCACGCCUCGCUGGUACGGCCACUCUCAGAGGCGGGGCGGUUGAGGCUGGCGAGGGACAUGGGCGAGCUGGAAUUCGCAGUGGGGCAGCAUCUCUUCCCCACACACGCCCUCGGCGCCUCCUACCGUGCUCUCCGCGCCUUCCGCCCGCUGCUCUUCGUUGACCUGGAGAAGAUCCCCACCAGCUCGCUACUGCAGGCGAGGGACAUGGGCGAGCUGGGGUUCGCCGUGGGGCAGCAUCUCUUCCCCACACACGUCCUCGGCGCCUCCUACCGCGCCCUGCGUGCAUUCAGGCCGCUGCUCUUUCUGGACCUGGAGAAGAUUCCAACCAGCUCGCUGCUGCAGGUGCGUCCAUUGGUUGUAACAAAGGUGGUUGCGAGGUGGAGUUCGCAGUGGGGCGAGGUGGAGUUACCGCUCAAAAUUGCUAGUACUGCUUCCUUCGGCAUCAUCCGCUGA